CCAAGAUUCUGUUGCCUGGAAAUAUUGUUGCGUAUUCACAUUUAUCUACAUGGAGAAUUCAUGAUGCUAUCCUGCAUAUUUAAGCUGCCUAAAAUACACCCCUUAGGUAAUGAUGUUAUUUUAUCUAUAAGUACGCUGCACGUUCUCGCCCUCGUUUGCCAAUAACAUCGUAUCGUGCGCUACCUCUGAUUCAAUAAUUUUAUCUACUGCUGUUAUAGUGCAGUGUCAAAAGACUCUAUCUGUAGUCGAAGUUCACUAGUCAAUUUGGACCAUCACGCCAUAGCCAUUAUGGACGACGAAGUUGCUGCCGUUGUUAUUGAUAAUGGUUCCGGAAUGUGCAAAGCUGGCUUUGCUGGCGAUGAUGCUCCCCGCGCUGUUUUUCCUUCCCUUACUGGCCGUCCCCGCCACCAUGGGGUCAUUAUUGGUAUGGGCCAAAAAGACUCCUACGUCGGGGAUGAAGCGCAGUCUAAACGUGGCGUCCUGUCCCUCCACUACCCAAUUGAGCACGGCGUCGUUACCAACUGGGAUGAUAUGGAGAAAAUCUGGCAUCACACAUAUUUUAACGAGCUCCGCGUGGCCCCUGAGGAACAUCCCGUUCUGCUGACAGAGGCUCCCAUCAAUCCGAAAUCUAACCGGGAGAAGAUGACUCAGAUCAUGUUUGAAACCUUCAAUGUGCCGGCCUUCUACGUCUCUAUCCAGGCCGUGUUGUCUUUGUAUGCAUCUGGUCGCACCACUGGUAUUGUCCUUGACUCCGGCGAUGGGGUGACACACGUGGUCCCGAUCUAUGAAGGAUUCUCUAUGCCACACGCCAUCGCUCGUAUGGACAUAGCGGGCCGCGACUUGACAGACUACCUGGUGCGAAUCCUAGCAGAGCGCGGCCAUAGCUUCACUACAUCGGCCGAACAUGAGAUCGUGCGCGACAUCAAAGAGAAACUCUGUUACGUUGCGCUAGACUUCGACCAGGAGAUCGAAACCGCCGCUCAGAGUUCCAGUAUCGAGAAAUCCUACGAGCUCCCUGACGGACAGGUGAUCACGAUCGGCAAUGAGCGCUUCCGGGCACCCGAAGCUUUGUUUCAGCCGAGCCUGCUCGGUAUCGAGCAAGGUGGUAUUCAUGAGACCACGUUCAACUCGAUUCAGAAAUGCGAUGUCGACGUUCGCAAGGACUUGUAUGGUAAUAUCGUCAUGUCCGGCGGUACAACUCUUUAUCCGGGCAUUGCAGACCGACUGCAUAAAGAGCUUGUGAAUCUAGCUCCUUCGUCGAUGAAAAUCAAGACCAUCGCGCCACCGGAGCGGAAAUACUCGGUCUGGAUCGGUGGCUCCAUUCUCACUUCGCUCUCGACGUUCCAGCAAAUGUGGAUCUCGAAACAGGAGUAUGACGAGAGUGGUCCUUCUAUUGUGCACCGGAAGUGUUUCUAGGUGGGUAUGUGGU